AUGCCUGCCAAACAACGAAUGAGUGUGGCGAAUUCAGUUUUCAGCAGGAAUGUGUUAUCACGAGGCAAUGUACAGAAAACUUUGAAGCCGCAAGAAGAUAAAUAUUCAACGACUCCAUGGUUAAUUGGUCUUUUCGUCUUUGUUGUUUGUGGUUCUGCUAUAUUCGAGAUUAUCCGAUCUGUGAAGAUGGGAUGGUAA